AUGCCGCUGAACCUCACCAAUGCCGUAGCCACCGCCCGGCAGCUCUUGGCCUACACCGUAGAAGCUGCAAACUUUUCUGACAAAAUGGAUGUUAUUUUUGUGGCUGAAAUGAUAGAGAAAUUUGGACGAUUUGCUGAGAAGUAUAAAGAGCUGGGGGAUGUGAUGGUGGACAUUGCUAGUAACAUCAUGCUGGCUGAUGAACACAUCCUGUGGGUGGCCCAGAGAGAAGCCAAAGCCUGUACCAGAAUUGCACAAUGCUUACAAAGGAUUGCAACCUACCGGCUGGCUAAUGGGGCUCAGGUUUACUCGACGUAUUCUCCAAAUAUUGCAGUGGAAGCUUAUGUCAUCAAGGGCUCUAGCUUCACUGGGAUGACCUGCACCGUGUUCAGGAAGGUCGCCGCGGCCGAUCGCUCGGGCUUCUCUGACUAUGGACGAAGAGACCUGGAGGGCAGCCUGGACAAGCAACUGGGCUUGAAAUGCAACAUCUCAAACACCUUGUCCAGCCUCGCGCUCAAGAACACGGUUGUGGAGGCGUCCAUCCAGCUGCCCCCGGCCUUGUUUCACCAGAGGCAGAAGAGAGAGAUUCAGCCCCCCACGGAAGACGCUCUCUACAGGCUUCAGCUGAUCGCCUUCCGGAAUGGGAAACUCUUCCCGUCAACGGGCAAUUCCACCACUUUGAGCGCCGACAGGAAACGCCUGACGGUGGUCACCCCGGUCAUCCUCACCAAAGCAGACGGCGUAAGCCCACCCUAUCAGGACGUCCCCAUCAACGUGACCUUGAGGCGCCUUGCGCACGGGACGGAAGCGGUGGCGGCUCAGUGGGACUUCGGUCUGCUGAACGGACAAGGCGGAUGGAAAUCGGACGGCUGCCGUAUCCUUUUUUCCGAUGAAAAUGUCACCGCCAUGCAGUGCUCCUCCCUCAGCAAUUACGCCGUCCUGAUGGUUGGGAUAAUCUUGCACUAUUCCACCCUUGCCACCUUGUUAUGGAUGGGACUCACAUCUAGGAACAUCUACAAACAAGUCACCAGAAAGGCCAAACGGUGCCAGGAUCCUGGGGAACCUCCUCCUCCUCCAAGGCCGAUGCUGAGGUUCUACCUAAUUGGUGGAGGAAUCCCUGUCAUCGUUUGCGGGAUAACGGCUGCUGCUAAUAUAAGAAAUUACGGGAGCAAGCCUCACUCAGCAUACUGUUGGAUGGCGUGGGAACCAAGCUUGGGAGCUUUUUAUGGACCUGCCGGCUUCAUUAUUUUUGUAAACUGCAUGUAUUUCCUCAGCAUUUUUAUACAGCUGAAGAGGCACCCUGAACGAAAAUUUGAACUCAAGGAGCCCAGCGAAGAGCAGCAGCGCCUGGCCCCCAACGAACACGGCAGCCUGAACAACCAGGACUCGCUCUCCGUGUUGCUACUUUCCACCGUAGCUUUGGAGAAUGAGCACAGCUUCCACACUCAACUUCGGGGCGUGAGCCUCACUUUGUUUCUCUACGUGGCUCUGUGGGUUUUGGGGGCCCUCUCCGUGGCUUCCUCUCCCCCUUUGGAUUUGGUCUUCAGCUGCUUUUUUGGGCUCCUGUCCUUGUGCCUUAGCAGUUUUUUAAUAACCCAUCACGGCGUUAACAGAGAAGACGUCCGACAUGCUUGGUUGAUGUCCUGCUGCCCCGGGAGGAGCGCCUAUUCGGUACAGGUCAACGUUCAGCCUUCUUCUGGCGCGAGUGGCCCAAAGGGGGACCCCGCCAAGUGCACCAACAGCAGUGCAGAGUCCUCGUGCACCAACAAGAGUGCGUCGAGUUUAAAAAACUCUUUGCAGGGUUGCAAAUUAACCAACAUCCAGGUUGCGGCGGCCCAGUGUCCUCUGAGCCUGGUGGCUCCCAGUGCCGGCCCUACUCCCCCUCCUCCUCCCCCUCCCCCUCUGGACAACAGUCUUACCGAACACUCGGUAGACAACGAGAUCAAGAUGCACGUGGCCCCUUUGGAGAUGCCUUUGCGCACCAACGGGCACCCCGGCCGCCAUCACAAGAACCGAAGCAAAGGGCACCGCGCCAGCAGGCUGACCGUCCUACGGGAGUACGCGUACGAUGUCCCCACCAGCGUGGAAGGAAGCAUCCAGAACGGUUUAAUUAAGACGCGUCAAACGACGUCCGAAGGACAUUCGAGGACCCGGAGAGCAUACCUGGCUUACCGGGAACGCCAGUAUAACCAGUCCCAGCCGGACAGCAGCGACACUUACAGCACUCUUCAAAAAGGGCACCGGAACACCGAUAAAGCGGUGCCGCCUGCUGUUAAAAAAGACCCGCUGAGGAAGCCCAUCGCGGUUGAGCUGGAAGGGCAGCAGAAGUCCUACGGCUUAAAUUUAGCGGUCCAGAACGGGCCUCUGAAAAGCAGCGCCCAGGAUGGGACAUUUCUGAGUGCCGACAGCACCGGAAAUAUCAGGACCGGCUUAUGGAAACAUGAAACUACUGUGUAGUGCAGGGGUCAGCAACCUUAAACACUCAAAGAGCCAUUUGGACCCAUUUCCCACAGAAA